UCUCACAAGGCCUGCUCUUCCUACCCUGGGGCUGCGGGGAGAACCACUCCCUGGCAAACACGGUGCCCUGGGAAGCCGCUUUCCAUCGCCUCGUGGGGCCGAAGGAGCGGAGAGCGGUGAUGUGAGCCUCCCCCUGGUUGGGAGAAAAGGGCUGAGGCUGCUUUAAGAGAGAAACAGGAAGUUGUAAGGAGAAGCCAGCUGAAUCUCGAGCUGGGGCCGUGUGUUACGAGGCAGCCCGGGGAUGCGGUGCUGGUGAAAGUCUUCGGCAGCCGGACUUUCUCCUGGGAGAGUCGGGCCCUCCGCCCCUGGCCGCACCUGGGAAUUCACAGAGAGAGCCCGGGAACGAAGCUGGGAUGGGAAGCCAGCCGAGAUUCCUGUCCGUGAAGGAUGAGUAUCAGUUUCAGCAUCAGGGAGCUGUGGAAUUGCUGGUUUUCAAUUUUCUGCUCAUCCUCACCAUCUUAACGAUCUGGUUGUUUAAGAACCAUCGAUUUCGCUUUCUGCAUGAGACCGGAGGAGCCAUGGUGUACGGCCUGGUCAUGGGGCUGAUCCUCCGCUACGCCACCACGCCCACCGACAUCGACAGCGGCACCGUCUUCGACUGCCCCAAGCUGGGCUUCGGCCCGUCCACCCUGCUGCUGAACGUCACCGACCAGGUGUACGAAUACCAGUUCAAGCGGGAAGUCAGCCGGCACAAUGUCAACGCCCACCAGGGCAACGCCAUGUUGGAGAAGAUGACGUUUGAUCCAGAAAUUUUCUUCAAUGUUUUACUGCCACCUAUCAUAUUUCAUGCCGGAUACAGCUUAAAGAAGAGGCACUUCUUCCAGAACCUCGGCUCCAUCCUCACCUACGCCUUCCUGGGGACGGCCAUCUCCUGCAUUGCCAUUGGAUUAAUAAUGUAUGGCUUCGUGAAGGCUAUGGUCUAUGCCGGCCAGUUAAAAAAUGGAGACUUCCACUUCACCGACUGCUUGUUUUUUGGCUCCCUGAUGUCCGCCACAGAUCCAGUGACCGUCCUGGCCAUCUUCCACGAGCUGCAUGUCGACACGGAUCUGUACACACUACUGUUUGGAGAGAGCGUCCUGAAUGAUGCUGUGGCCAUCGUCCUCACAUAUUCUAUAUCCAUCUACAGCCCCAAGGAGAACCCAAAUGCAUUUGAUUUGGCUGCAUUCUUCCAGUCGGUGGGGAAUUUCCUAGGGAUCUUUGCUGGAUCAUUCGCUAUGGGCUCUGCAUACGCCGUCAUCACAGCUCUGCUGACCAAGUUCACAAAGCUGUGUGAGUUCCCCAUGCUGGAAACGGGCCUGUUUUUCCUGUUGUCCUGGAGUGCCUUUCUGUCUGCGGAGGCAGCUGGUCUAACAGGAAUCGUGGCUGUCCUCUUCUGUGGGGUCACACAGGCUCACUACACCUACAAUAACCUGUCUCCAGAUUCCAAACUGAGGACCAAACAGUUGUUCGAGUUCAUGAACUUUCUGGCAGAGAACGUCAUCUUCUGCUACAUGGGUUUGGCUUUAUUCACGUUCCAAAACCACAUCUUCAAUAUACUCUUCAUACUCGGUGCCUUUUUGGCUAUUUUCAUAGCCAGAGCCUGCAAUAUAUACCCACUGUCCUUCCUCCUGAAUUUGGGACGAAAACAGAAGAUCCCCUGGAACUUCCAACACAUGAUGAUGUUUUCAGGUUUACGUGGAGCAAUAGCGUUUGCCUUAGCGAUUCGGAACACUGAAUCUCAACCCAAACAAAUGAUGCUGACAACCACCCUCCUCAUCGUCUUCUUCACCGUCUGGGUCUUUGGGGGAGGGACUACGCCCCUGCUGACCUGGCUGGAGAUCAGGGUCGGCGUGGAUCCAGACGAGGACCUGGCGGCUGAACACGCCCCCCAGGGUACUGAUAGCGUGGGCAAAAACACAACCAAGGCAGAGAGCGCGUGGCUUUUUAGAAUGUGGUAUGGAUUUGACCACAAAUAUCUGAAGCCGAUCCUGACCCAUUCGGGUCCGCCUCUGACCACCACUUUACCCGACUGGUGUCACCCCAUCUCCCGCCUGUUGACCAGCCCUCGUGCCUAUGGGCAGGAACAGCUGAAAGAAGACGACACCGACUGCAUCGUGAAUCACGACGAGCUAGCUGUGGCCUCCGGAGACCCGGCCUCCCCGACCUCCCCCUCUACCCCUCCCCCGUGGCCGGGGCUGGACAGGACCGGCUCCCCUCCUCCCCCAGCCAGGGAAAACGUGGAUGAAGGCGACCUCGGACUGGGGGGGUUCGGACUCAAGCUCGAGCGCACGCCGGUGGCUCAGCAGGGGUCCUCACAGCCAUAAUCCUGUGACCCUGCGGGUGGCUUCCGGCCCCGCCAGCCAGGAUGGGAGCGAGCCUCACGGGCCCAGGACAGGGGCCGGGGAGGUGGAUUCCAAGCCUGACUGGAGAGGAAUGGGUUUAAGUCCCAGGCCACUCUAGUGGAAAUGAGAUCCGAUCGCCGCCUGUCCAGAUUAUACCGCCAAAUUUACUUUCGGCCGUGUCGGCGCGUGUCCGUGCAGGGCAGGGGCGGGCGCUCCGACCAAGCUGGCUGCUGAGGGCCCUCAGACGCUCCCACCUGCUGGGCUUCCCCUACUUCACUGCCCCUUUGGCAGUCCCUGCACUCCACCCUCCUGAGCAGAGAGGUGCCAGUUCAGUCCCAAGUCUGUUGCCGCCGGGUUCUCCCAGAAGCCCUUGCGCCAGGAGAGCCACACCCUGGGGGGGGGACAGCCCCUGCCCUGGAAAGGUCCCUCAGUCAUGCCCACAGCUAUUCAGCUCCUCCCUGGAUGCUCCCCUGGGAUCCCAGACAACUCUUUCAGCCCGGUUCCCAAAGGAUUAGCCCGAUCCCAAACUCCCUCAUCCGCCCUCUCCCCUGACCACCAAAUGGGUAUCCCUAUGGGAGCCCCAGCCUUUGGCCCAGACACUGUGGGGGAUGGGUCUCGGCCAGCUCGCCCUCAGGCUUAGAGUCAGGGACUUCCAUUCCCCAGCAGACUUUGCUUUACAUUUCUCUUGCCGGACUGCUGAUGAGAGGCCCCCUGGUGUCCCCAGCCAGUCCCUGGGGGCUCAGGAGCAGGUGAUGGGGCACUGGGCAGAAAAGAUGAGGGUCCCAGCCUAAACUACCUACGACCAUUCAGCUGACCACCAGCCCAUGCAACUCAGCUACCAGCAGAUGGGCACUAGCCCAGGACUGGGCCGUGAUGGACAGGGAUCCAAGGCCCGAAUGCUGGUCCCAGUUACCUCCCUGGAUCCAGAAUCAGGGAAGCUCAGGGCAGGCCAUGCUGGCCUCACAGGCCACAGGCCUCGAUGGCCAGUUCAUGUCUCCUGAGGGAACAGGAGAAAGCAUCUGCCUGGGACCCAGUAAUGAGCCUGGACCUCUUAGGGUUUCUGAGGUUCCAUGUACCCAGACAGAACAUGGCUAGGACUCAAGCAGAGGAAGAGGAGUAGGAGAAGCCAUGCUUCCCUCUGAAAAAUGGCAGGCCAGAGAAGCUACCCACCAGACACCCUCCCAACAGGUGCCCCCUCCCAACAGUUGCCCCGUUCCCUGAGCAGCCCCCUCCCCUAGGCCCAGACAGUAAACAAAGGCCAGGGUUGGAGAGACCAGAUUUCUGGGAUGCCAAGAGCAACACCCACCACACCGGAAGUUGCAGGCCAAAUGUUGGGUGAUGAGCUGCAGUAGGCCUGCAUGGAGUCAUCCUGAGGGGAGGGAGAAGGGAGGUGAGAAUGACGUGCCUUAUUGAAAGCUGGCGCUAACUGUCUGUGAUGCCCUCAGAGCUUCGCUUUGGCUUCUGCACUUUCAGUGGGUGGGAGAUGUGGAGGGAAGACUCACUCUGUACUCCCACGUGGGACUCGGUCUCCUGUGUGGAAAUGUUCCUCCUUCCUGAUCCCAGUGCCUCGGGGGGUGACAACCACCACGGAGAAGGCUGGUACCUGUCCAACGUGCCUGAACCUUAAUAAACUUUCCUAGACAACGCGGCCGCAGAAA